AUGGCUGACUCAAAGCUGACCAACCAACGAAAAAACGCGGCCGCGUCGGUGCUCCAAGAGACUUGGUUCAUCCACAAGUACAAAAAAGCUCUGCACAAAGGCGACGAAUUACGUUUGCGCCAUCACCAGCGACGAUUUCUACAUUCAAUCAACGAGUUCCGAAGGAUUAAAUGGGAUCAGCGUAAACUGCAGGAGAAGGGCAAUUCACUGUUGGAUGUUGGGAAGGUACGACUUUUG